CUGGCAUUGCCAACUGAACUUAGUAUGAAUACCAAAAUUUUCCUGAGCUGCCUGGUGGUCAUCAUCGGAAGCCUCGUGUGGACAGUCAGUGCCCAAGAGGACUUUGAAAUAGAAAAGGAGCGUGUGAUUGAGCUCUUCAAAAAUGCUGAUGCUGCUACCAUUGGGGAGAGCAAUGUCGUCUUCCUAGUGAACUUUCUCAAAAAGUACAGCAAGCAGAUUACGUUGACACCCGAACAACAAGCCCAAGUUGAUGAUAUUGUGACGAAAUACAAUGAGGAGAAGGACAAGCAGCCUGUAGUGGAGGGUGCACCGCCUCAGGGCGGUUGGAUUACCGACAUGUUAAAGAAGCUAGCUGUACAGGUGGGCAAAACACUUGUCCCAAUACUUAUAAAAGCGGCGCUGGGUUAGGACUAAAGCUCGUUUUAAGGUUUUUUGUAACUAUUGGUGUUAUAGAGACUUCGUGGUUCUAAUAAAUUGGAAAUAAUUGGCAUACAGA